CCCCGACGUCGCUUAUCCUGGCCCUACCCCAGGCCCCGCCCUCCUGAAGCUCAUCUUGGCCCCGCCCUAGAGUCCAACCCUAGGACGCACCUCCUGACCCCGCCCCCUCUCUGCCCCCGCGCACUGCCCUCGGCCCGCCCCCUGUUCAGUCCAGGCCCGGCUUCCUCCAGGUCUCCCUGCAAUGCUGCUGCCUUGCCCACGUCAUGGCGCCCGAGGAGAACGCGGGAACCGAUCUCUUGCUGCAGAGUUUCGAGCGCCGCUUCCUGGCGGCUCGCACACUGCGCUCCUUCCCCUGGCAGAACUUAGCGGCAAAGUUAAGAGACUCAUCAGAUUCUGAGCUGCUGCGGGAUAUUUUGCAGAAGACUGUGAGGCAUCCUGUGUGUGUGAAGCACCCGCCGUCAGUCAAGUAUGCCCGGUGCUUUCUCUCAGAACUCAUCAAAAAGCACGAGGCUGUCCACACGGAGCCUUUGGACGAGCUGUACGAGGCGCUGGCGGAGACUCUGAUGGCCAAGGAGUCCACCCAGGGCCACCAGAGCUAUUUGCUGCCCUCGGGAGGCUCGGUCACACUCUCUGAGAGCACAGCCAUCAUCUCCCACGGUACCACACGCCUGGUCACAUGGGACACCGCCCUCUACCUUGCAGAAUGGGCCAUCGAGAACCCGGCAGCCUUCAUUAACAGGACUGUCCUAGAGCUUGGCAGUGGUGCCAGCCUCACAGGCCUUGCCAUCUGCAAGAUGUGCCGCCCCCGGGCAUACAUCUUCAGCAACCCUCACAGCCGGGUCCUCGAGCAGCUCCAAGGGAAUGUCCUUCUCAAUGGCCUCUCAUUAGAGGCAGACAUCACUGCCAACUUAGACAGCCCCAGGGUGACAGUGGCCCAGCUGGACUGGGACGUAGCGACGGUCCAUCAGCUCCCUGCCUUCCAGCCAGAUGUUGUCAUUGCAGCAGACUUGCUGUAUUGCCCAGAAGCCAUCGUGUCGCUGGUCGGGGUCCUGUGGAGGCUCGCUGCCUGCCAGGAGUACAAGCGGGCUCCUGAGGUCUAUGUGGCCUUUACCGUCCGCAACCUAGAGACGUGCCAGCUGUUCACCACCGAGCUAGGCCGGGCCGGGAUCAGAUGGGAAGCGGAAGCUCAUCAUGACCAGAAACUGUUUCCCUACAGAGAGCACUUGGAGAUGGCAAUGCUGAACCUCACACUGUAGGACUCACACACGACUCCAACGGGAUUGUGAGAAUCAAGUCACUCUCGUGGGAAGAAUUUUUAUAUGGGAAAGCGGAUAAAACUUUCAUUGGACUGGAAUGUUUGGAGAAUGUUAAAUUCCAAAUCAGGAACCACAAACUACCCUCUAAUAAGACAUCAGCUUUCUAAGCGUGUGGGUGCCCCUUUCUGCCAGCAGUUCUGGUUCUUAAGAAAAUCACCAUAAAUCAGACAUGAAAAUUUUGGCUCCAAAAAUAGCAUUUCCUCUCUGCAAAUAAAAACGUGUGUAUCAAGGAUGACGUUCCCCCAACGUGGACACACUUGGUUCCUCAGAAAGCCAAGCCCGCUGCAGCUGCCACAUCCCAGGGCUUAUGGUGCAGUAGGUGCUUUUUUCAAGACAGGAAUCAAAGUGUUAGGAACACGGCAGAAAGGUUACACCUGGAGACCAAAUGCAGGAUGAGGAGUACUGCAGAGGUCACAGGGAAGUCACAGAACAGUAAUACGUUAGCAGGGGCAUGGGGCGUGAAGAACAGAAGAAGACAGGAAGGGUUUCAGAGACUCCAAAGAAGAAAUCAGGGCCUACCACAGCUUUCCGGGUCAUUCACCAGGUGGCACCACUGCCGUCAUUUCAGCUUGUAGCCACUGGAAGGCGCUGCUCGAAAGGGUUUGCCCUGAGACUCCAAGAAGAAGCUGCGGGAAGGACAGCAGGGGCCCUGGGGUUUUAGCCUCUGGCCUAGUAGUUAUGUGUCCAUAACCAAAGGGAGCACAGUCUGCACCCAGUUCUCAUCCCAUCAGAGCUGCUGCGACUCCCGCAGGUUCUUCCGGAAGUGGUUUAGCUUGCCUGCAGGAUCAGGAAAGUCUGAGAAAAGCAUCUGCAAAAUGCUGAAGAGCAGAGCUUACCUCAUUGCCUGUCCCCACCCCAUCCCAGGUCACCACCUGGCUGACCCCCGGUCCCCGACCCAACACCAGCCCCUCCCAAGUCCCUAACUCCCUCACUUGGACUUGAGACCCUUCACACCCCAGCAGCGCUCCGCCUCCAACUUGACAUCAUGCUUUCUGGAAACUUCCCCGUAUGUCCCACUUUCCCACACUUGGUGCGCUGGAGCACCUUCUGGCCUCUACAUGCUGUACGUUCCCCUGUGAGCGCCCUCCUCUCGGCCACUGGCCAACACAGUCCCACCCAUCUGUGGGUAACAAGGGGGUGUGGGUGUUCUUUUCAGCCUUGCUAAACUGUCUGAAUCAAGGAUCACAAACUACAGCGUGCAGGCCAAAUCCAGCCCACAGCCUGUGUUUGUAAAUAAAGCUUUGUUGGAACAAAGCCACACCGCUUAAUCUACAGAUGAUCUGUGGCUACUUUCACACCACAACAGAGUACCAUGGUUCUGACAGAGACUGGGGGACCCAGUUUAAAUGACUUCUGACCUGGACCUUUACUGAAAAUCCUCCCAAUCAUUCUGUUGACAAGAAUGAUGUAUUACUUUUUGGAAUAAGAAACAGGUAACCUUUGCAGAAUUCCA